GAUGUGAAAUUAAAAGAAAGUGAGUAAGUGAUGACAUUAUUUUCAUUUUGGGGUGAAAUAUCACUUUAAAUAUUCUUGUGUGGAGCUGAAAUGUAUACAUCACAAUGAUGCAAUCAGCUUUGUGAUUAUAUCAAUGAUUCUAUAUGAGCUGACAGGGAAAAAAAUAAGGUCCUCCCUGCAAAAUCUCUAUAAAACACAGCACAGGUAGCUUGGAGGUUUUUUGCACAUCACCUCUUCCCAGUGGACAACAUCGCUCCUGGGCUAAUUGUACCAUCAUGUCAAACUUAACAGAGAACACUUUUAGCAACACUGUUUCGUAUAAUGUCAAGCUAUUGAUUGUGCAGGUUCUGGUUGGAAUACUUCUGUAUGUGAAUGGACUGAUGAUCUUCACCUUCCUGAAGAAAGAAGUCUUCUGGGUUGAGACGCGUUACAUUCUGUUUGCUCAGACACUUUUUGUUGACUCUACUAAUAUGCUGUUAACUGAUUUAACCAUGGUGGGGAGUUUUCAUCAAUAUCCUGUUCACAUACUUCCUUGUUGUAUCUUCUGUACACUUAUGUCUUUACUAAGUAUUUGUACUCCUGUGACUCUUGCAGCGAUGUGUUUGGAGCGUUAUGUGGCUAUUUGUAUGCCUCUAAGACACUCCAGCAUUUCUACACCCAAGAACACAUUUAUUGGUCUUCUUGUCAUAUGGACUGUCAGUUUUGUAAUACCACUGUUCGUUCUAACUGUGUUUCUUGUUUAUGCCUCCCCUUUUGGUCUGGGUGUAUAUGUUGUGUGCAGUCUGGAGGUGAUGUUACGAGUAAAAUGGCUGGCAGACACGAGGGCCGCGAGUCUACAAAUAUUAUUCAUCAUUUUAUUUGGUCUUGUUGUUUCCACAUACAUUAAGAUUAUGCUUGCAGCUCGUUCGGCCUCCUCCGAUAAAAAGAGCUCAACUAAAAAGAGUCUCAAAACCGUAAUUCUCCACGGCAUUCAGCUUUUUCUUUGUAUGCUGCAGCUUUUAAUGCCUUAUAUAGAAAUGCCUCUCUGGAAUGUAGAUGUUGUGGUGUUUCUGAAUGUAAAAUACUCAAAUUUCGUUCUGUUUAUGAUCUCACCUCGAUGUCUGAGUCCAUUAAUUUAUGGAUUAAGAGACAAAAAGUUCUGUCAGGCUCUGAAACAUUAUGCAUUUUGUGGCAUUUCUUUGGGUGAUAAAAAUAAUAAAAUCGGACAUAUAAAGACAAUCCCUCUAGAGAUGUAGAUUUCUGCAAACAAGAAAGAGUUGACAUAUUGUUACUGCAAUAUAAACAUAUUAAUGUUGAACACAUCGUGUCAUAUUAUAAACAUUUGUUGUACGUCGCUUCAAAACAGUUACAUUUUGUACAUUUACAGUAUAUAUUAUCCUUUAAAUUACAAAUACGUAUUGUGUAUUUGUGGUUUUCUUUUAAAAAAAUCUAUGUAACUUAUUCAAUGUAGUUUUUUUCCAUUUUAAUAUAGUUUAAUAUUUUGGUGUAUGUAUUAAAAUCACUAGUAGAGUUAUAUUGACUAUGUAAUUGAGUGUGAAUUUCAUUGAGGAAACUCAAGUCAAUGUAAUAGUUUAUUGAGAUGUAAAGACAUUUGAUGUAAAGAUGUAAAAUUACAAUUGUAAUGUCUCUCUGUCUGCUGGAGACAUAAAAGCUACUUUUCAUUAUUUUACAGAUAAAUAAACUUCACAUUGAUGAAUUAUACUGAACAAAAUGAAAAUAUCAAUGUUAAAGUGAAAAUUCUGUCAUCAUUUACAUUGAAAAACAAUUUGUGCAAAGCUGGCAGCCUUAACGUUUCAUACCUUGACCACCUUCUUCCAUAUAGAUACAUUUUCUGUUCUAAUCUCAACAGGUCUGGUGCAAACUACUGAGUAGGCACCAAUCAGAGGGCGCAUUUUUAUAAUGUCACUAUAUAGACUUGUAUUAAAUUUAAGUACAGUAAUAAAACUAAAAGGAAUGUUGAUGCAAAAUAUGAAGUCAUUUUCUUUAACCCUGUCAAAUACAAAUUACACAAUCGAUUUUAUAUUUGAAAUACAUUACGUAUUUGAAAUACAUGUAGCAUAAAUACUUCCCUGACAAUAAUGUGCACAUGAUAGUUUGAAAGUUGAAAUUUGAAGAAAUUCUGUGGGGUAUUGUAGUAACAACCUUGAUCAACAUUUGUAUGCAUGUGAAUUUAUAUCCAUGAUUCUUCAUGCAUGUCUAUAGGUGUCAGGAUAAACUAAUUUGUUUGGUUG